ACGUCGAACCGAACGAACAGCACUACGUCAGGCGACGCAGAGCAGAGGCUAGAGUGAGCGAGAUCUUUCGAGAGCGAGGGCCGGAGAGAGACCGGGAGGGAGCACGCGAUGUCGACGACGGAGGCGGCGAAGAGCGCCUGCGCGCCGGUGCGGUGCCAGCGAAUCGGCUGCGACGCGUUGUUCACCAACGACAACAACCCCGAGGGCUCCUGCCAAUACCACCCCUCCGGAGUAAGUUUCCCCCUUGCUUGAGAAGCUAUGUCUAUUUAGGAAAUCAUCAUCGGUUUUCUUAAGAUAUGUUUUUUCAGCCUAUAUUUCAUGAUGGCAUGAAAGAGUGGAGCUGCUGCAAACAAAGAAGUCAUGAUUUUAGCUUAUUUUUGGAGAUACCUGGAUGCACAACAGGAAAGCAUACGACUGAAAAACCAGUCACAAAAGCUGUUUCUGCUAACCCUCCGAAGCCAACACCAAUCCAAUCCUCUAAGCAGGGCGUUGGAGCUGAUGCCUGUGCAAGGUGUCGUCAGGGUUUCUUCUGCUCUGAUCAUGGAUCACAGCCCAAGGCACAAAAACCAGCUACGGCUAAUGAUACAAACAAGGAACCUGUUGACACAUCCUCGGUUCCACUGCCCAAGAAAAAAAUUGAUAUAAAUGAACUGAGGACAUGUAAAAACAAAGGAUGUGGUAAAUCCUACAAGGAGAAGGAUAACCAUGAUUGUGCAUGUGAGUACCACCCAGGUCCUGCUGUUUUCCAUGAUAGGAUGAGAGGGUGGAAAUGCUGUGAUAUUCAUGUCAAGGAGUUUGACGAGUUCAUGAUGAUACCUCCGUGCACUAAGGGGUGGCACAAUGCUGAUGCUGCGUGAAUUCACAUCAUGCCUAGGGCUAUUUUGUUGUAUCUCCUAGCAUGUAAGAGGCAUCUUGCUGCAAAUUUCUUGAGAAUUUUAAUUGGAAGUGUGACAAAAAAAACUUUGAGAAUGGGCUGCUUUAGUUUGCUCAUAGUGAUUGCCUCAAAAUCUUACA